AUGAAGCAAGAGGUGUUAGGACCGGGCGAAAAUGGUGAAGGUGUGAAGUUAAUUGAACCAGAGUACAUCGAACAGAAUCUUGAAGCUUAUAACGAAACUGGAUUUUCUGUUCUGAUCUCUGAUAUGAUUUCACUGAAUCGAACAAUCGUUGAUUUUCGGGCAGAUGCUUGCAAAUCUCGGAAAUAUCUCGCGUCAUUGCCAAACGUUUCAGUCAUCAUAAUAUUUCGAGAUGAAGUGAAAAGUGUUUUGCUUCGCACAGUUCAUGGUGUGAUUAAUAGAACUCCAUCCGAACUUCUCCAUGAAAUAAUUUUAGUCAAUGAUAACAGCACACAUCGAGACCUUUACCGGCCUCUUCAAAUCUAUGUCAGAGAAAAUUUUCCGAAAAAAGUUAAAAUAGUGAAUUUAAAGGAACGUAAAGGAUUGAUUGUUACACGACUUGAAGGAGCUAGGAGAGCUUCAGGAAAAGUUUUAGUGUUUUUCGAUUCUCAUGUUGAAGUUGGAAUAAAUUGGCUGCCGCCACUUCUUGAUCCAAUCGCAAGAAACCGAAGGCUUGCAACAGUUCCUGUAAUUGAUAAUUUUGAUCCAGAUUUCUUUUCGAUGUCAAGUAACAGUCUCUAUGGGACACGUGCAGGGUUUGAUUGGAAUUUAAUUUAUCGAAUAUUCGAAAGGAACAUUCCUGAAGGCAUCGAUCCACUGAAGCCGUUUCCAAAUCCAAUAAUGUUAGGAUGUGCUUUUGCCAUUGAUAGAAUAUUUUUCUUGGAUGAACUUGGUGGUUACGAUGAAGAAUUUAGAAUUUGGAAUGGCGAAAAUUAUGAGCUGAGUUUUAAACUUUGGCUUUGUGCUGAUGGAUUAUAUGAAGUGCCAUGUUCACGUGUAGCUCAUUCAUUUAGAAGAAUAAAUCCAACAAGAGUAAGUAAAGAAGAUUUUCUUAAUCGAAAUUUUAAGAGAUUAACUGAAGUAUGGAUGGAUGAGUUCAAAAAUGCUGUUUAUAGUCGAAAUCCUGAAGCAUUCGCAAAAACUGAUGCUGGGGAUUUAACAAAACCAAAAGAAAUUCGAUCAAGACUAAAUUGCAAACCAUUCAAAUAUUUUCUUGAAGAAAUUGCUCCAGAAAUCACUUCAAGAUUUCCAUUACAAAAAGAUCAUGCAUUGUUUGCAUCAGGACAGAUAAAAUCAUUGGCAGAUGAAAAUAUUUGCUUGGAUACGCUUGGCAGAGCAGAAGCUGAGCCGAUCGGACUUUAUGCUUGUCACCCUCUUGAUAGCAAUCAGAUGCCACCGCAAACGCAGUUCUUUCGUUUAAGCUUCUUAAAAAAUUUGGUUCUAGGAUAUUCCGACUACUGCCUCGAUUCAUGGCGCACAUCAGUACUUUCAUGUUCAGGUUCAAAAGGAGGUAAUCAAUAUUGGAAAUACAAUCCUGAAACUCAUAUGUUGAUCAAUGGCUAUGAUGACAAUAAUGAAUGUCUGACAGCCGUAUUCAGCAAUCAAUCUUUGACAAUACAAAAGUGUGACAAACAAAACCAGUUUCAAAAAUGGAAAUUUUCUUAUGAGAAUGAGACAGCACUGAAUGCUUGGAAUGACAUUUAUGGCUAUGGAUCAAUCGAUUUUAGAGAUUAUUCAGUAAUUUCUCUUGAUUCAAUAUGUGAAUGA